AAAGAAGCUCUAAAUAAAGAAACGGGUCAGAACUUCAAUUGAUAUUUAAAAAGUGGUUCUCUCUGGAGAUUAUAGAUUACAUGGAAACAGGAAAUACUGAAAAUUUCCUGUCAUUUUAAAAUGCAGAAGCAAAAUCCUUCGUUUUUCAAGAUCUUAGUAGGCGAUUUUGCCUCUGCUCUGCGUUUACCACCGCUCUUUGUGGAGGUUUUUGGGGGAAAGCUGCCGCCGACGCUGUCACUCGAAGUGAACGCCGCCGCGGCGCCGGAGAAAAAAUGGGCCGUGAAGCUUGAGAAGAGCGGCGAGCAUUCCCUGUUUGGUGAAGGAUGGGGUACGUUUGUGCGGGAUAACGAUUUGGCGGCCGGAGAUUUCGCAGUAUUCUGGCUGAUGGAUAACUACUCUACUUUCCAAGUUCGACUCUACGACUACACUUGCUGCGAAAAGCAACUAUCACGACCUUACUUGAACAGGAUCUGUUCUAUAGGAUCGUACCUCUGAAUCCUUAAUUUAUCAAGCGAAAAGCAACUAUCAUCUUCCCGAUUCUACCCGGGUGUAAGAUCAACUAAUCUUGAUCGCAAUGUAAGGGAGAAGAGAGGAGAGGAGAUGGAUGAAUCCACUAAGUCAGUUGCCCUUCCACCCCGCGAUAAGAAAGUGGCCAUAACAAAGACUUGUGAUAGUGGACUGUUGCAGAAGUUAGAAAAGCUUCGUGUGAACUGCUAUUGCAAUUUGAGUGAAGUAGCUAAGCGAAUAAAGGUCCAACUCAAUCAACAAGAAAUAGAACAAUUCAGAGACACUGUUUUCGGAUGGAUUCUAGACAUAGAACAUAUGCCAAGAAUAAGUGGGCAAUUAAGCAUAGCCUUUGUAGCGAAUUACAUCGAAGAGUUCAAUGGGACAACUGAAAAAACUAUAAUAAGGUUUCACAUAGGCAAUAGCGUGAUUGGUUUUACAAAGGAUGAUUUAGCAAUAGUGACUGGCUUGAACAUAGGGAGAGAAUUCCCUAAUAUUCUUGAUGUCCCAGGAGGGGAUUUGUGUCGAAGAUACUUCGGUAGUAAGAAAAUAAUACUUAGACAAGAUAUUAUUCAAGCAAUGGAGGAGUACAAUUCUGAAUAUCCUGGGACACAAAAAGAAGAUGGAAUUAAACUAGCAUUAUUGUAUGUGCUAGCACAUGGUUUUCUAGGAAAUCAGUACUCACAUCGCUUACCGGGAAAAUAUAUAAACUUAGUAGAAAAUCUACAUACUUUCAAUUCUUACCCUUGGGGAGAGGAUGUUUGGGAUGACCUUGUAACCAAUAUGAAAAAUAAUGCGCAAGCAUUGAAAAUCUGCACAGGAAAAAGGGUUGCUUUCCCAGGUUGUAUGCAUGCUAUACAAAUUUGGGCAUUUGAAACAUUUCCAAGUUUGGCUAGUGCAGGAUUGUGCAAUAAAUUAGCAGGGAAAGAAGAUCAAAUACCCCGAACUCUAAGAUGGUCUUUUUUCAAAAAGCCAUCAAUAGAAAAGUUCUGUGAGCUCAUCUUCAAUAAUAUCGAGUUUGAGUGGAUAAGAAUGGUUCCAAGUGCAGAGGAGAUAAAAUGCAUAGAAGGGCUUCGUGGAAGGGAAGGAAAUGAAGCAUUCCAGGACUUAAGAAUUGAUCUAGACAGAGCACAAGCAAAACAGAAGAAAAAGAAUGCAGAAAAACAAAAAGGAAAGAAGAAAGAAAUAGAAAGUGUUUUAGAUGGCAGAUGCAACAGAAAAAGUGCAAGGAAUAAGAAAUGUGAAAGCGAAAAGAACAAAGGAGAGUGUAGUAAGCGCGUAUUGAGGAAAAAGGGGGAAAACGCGGAUGAUAUUGAAGACUCUAGUUCCCAUGAAAGUGAAGAUGCGGCAAGGCCAGGAAAAAAUAUAGUGAUCAAGACACUAGCCAAACACUCCAAAGACACCGCCAAAAUACUUGGAGAGGUAAAAGAAAUACAAAAAAUGCAAAACAAACAGGAUGCAGUUUUAAAAAAGAUUCUAUCUCUUGUAAAGGAAUUAUCAAACAAGAAAAGAAGGAAGCGGAUCGCAUUGAAGAGAAAGAGCAAGGAAGAGAAGUAAGCCAUGAUACAUGUUUGAUGAAAGAUGGGAAGGAUAUGGAGCAUGAAACGAUGAAAGAUAUGAUUGACGAGAUGCAUCAUAUUGGUGAGAAUUGUGAUCAUUUGGACACAACUCAAAUUGUAGAAAAGGAAGUAAAAUAGACAGACGAAAGAAGCCAUGACUAGGAAGAAG